UAAUGUCAAUGAGGUUCUGCAAUACACAAACUCGCUAGGAGCCCUGGCAACGUCUCCGUCUGGAUUCACAGUCGACAACAUGAAUGCCAUUGUUCAAGGAGCUAAGACUGCCGUGGAACAAAUGGAGAGGCUCGUGCACGUGGGGAAAGCCAGCCUGCUGAAAGUCUCUGAUGACGUGCUGCGUGUGGUUGGAGGUGCUCUGGAAAUAUCCCUCUCAUCGACGCAGCAUUCCAACAGAAGCCCAACGAAUGGCUCUCGAGCGGAACCUGCAGGGGGCAUGCACAUGAACGCUGGCUUUGACGACCUGUUCAACACCUUGCUGCAGGUAGGGAAGCUGCAAACUGAAAAGGCUGUGCCAGGAGAAAAGCCAGUUUCCUUAAGUGCAGGCCCCGUCUCAGCGGAGAUACAGACGAUCGCCGGUUCUAAAUUGUUUGAUGCAUCUUGGAAGACGGUGGAGGCGAAAGCCUCCCUGGAGCCCAACGUGAAUGGCACGGUGCAGCCCACAGACAAGGUCAACGUUCAGAUUUGGUCUUUCAAAUCAGAUCCACUGACGACCAACAAUGGCGCUGCGCCAAAUAGUGCGGUGGCCAGCUUAAAAGUAUCCGUCACAAAGAAGGACUUAAACAUAACCUCUGCCACAAUCACCGUGGCGAAUAAUGGAGAUGCAGCAGGACAGGAGAUCGAAUUUUUCCUCAAGCACAACGAAACGUUUUGCGUUAAGAAGCUUACUGUGCACAAGCCUGGGACGGCAGUGAUAAUGGAAGUGCUUUCCAGUGGCAGCCUAGUGGAAGGGCUUGAGAUUUUAGUAUGGCAAGGCAAGUUGCCUGGACUGGACCCUAUAACAUAUGACCACCACUUCAUGAUUCAGCUAAAUGCAGUGGCCACUGAUGAAGAUUUGUCCUCAAGGAACAAAGCGAGUGACGUUCAGGACCACAGACCAAAUCACUUUUUUAUCCCCAGCAGCGAUACGAACGCAGGAGAGUAUUACAUUGGCCUUCGGCACAACGGUAGUAGUGGGUCUGUCAAGUUGAAUGUGUGGACAGCUGCCUGCAAAAUAUGGGACAGUGACCAUAAUCAAUGGAGCUAUGCCUUGGCACGUGUUCAUCCUAGCACAACAGUGCACAGAACUGUGUGUGAGUUCAAACCUGACAGUCGUGUCAACUUUGGCAAGGAAAAGGUCUUUGUGGGGGCGGAAUUCCUGACUCCAAACGCCAUCGAUUUCUCCACCGUCUUCUCAAAAUUUGACCUCGUGUCAAAUGGUGCCGUGUUUUCCACUGUCAUAAUGAUCGUUCUGCUUUACUUGUUGGUCUUACUGUGGGCAAGGAAGGCGGAUGAGAAAGAUAAUGAAAAGAAUACGAUUCUGUGUCUUUUUGAUGAAAAAGACAAGUACUCGUGUAAACUGCUCCUAAGAAUUGCGACAAGCAACAAAGCAAGCGGCCGUACAACGUCGCCUGUGUCUUUCAUCCUUCAUUAUGAAAAGUUUGAUUCUGGAAUUUGUGAGCUGUCCCACCCAUUGCUAAAGGAAUUCAAGAGGAAACAAGUGUACAACUUUAUAUUUUCAAUGCCACACUGCAGUGGCAAACCAACGUGCAUGAAAAUAUGGCUGGGCUGUGACGGCCACACCGUUCCCUGGAAUGUCAGAGAAGUUUCUGUAUUGGAUUUGCAAAAAAGAAAUGUGUAUACCUUCCGUGACAAGACGUCAACGAAGACAGACAUCACUAUUGGACUGAACGGCAAAACGCUCGAGGUCGCAGACGACUCCACACAUUUCUCCAACCAGAAGUUGGCCUCGCACGCCGUCAAGACCAAUUUCACAGAAGGGCACCUGUGGUAUUCUGUCGUCCUUCGGCCAUUCAAGACCAACUUCUCCCGCGUGCAUCGCAUCUCCUGCUGCGUCACACUGCUCUUCCUCAUGAUGAUCGCCAACGCCAUGUGGUUCGGCAAGAAGCAAGCGGCCAGCGAGACGGGCGGCGGGGUCGUGGUGGGGUCGCUGUCUCUCACCGACAUCCUCAUCAGCCUUUUCAGCAGCCUGGUGGAGGUGCCCGUCAGCCUCGUGGUCGUGCUCAUAUUCCGCAACAGCCGCUCGGAGGGCGAGCGGCCCCCAGGCCAGAAGAGCUCCUGGAGGGGCCCUUGGCCCGGUGGCUGCAGAUUCCUGGGAUGGGGUCUCAUCGUCCUCGCCGUCCUCAGCUCUGGCUUCUUCACGAUUCUCUACAGCAUGGAGUGGGGCCCAGAGAAGGCCAACCGCUGGCUCGUUCGAUUCCUGACGACCUUCCUCAUGUCUGUUGUGUUGAUCCAACCGGUGAAGAUUAUUGUCUUUGCAAUCAUCAAGUUUAUAAUGUGGAAAUGGAAGAAGGAUACACUCAAAGAGGAGAUGUUAAGGCCCUUCUCUGAGCAUAUUGAAAUCAUCUACAACUCUGGUCUCAAGGAACCAAACACCGGACAAAAGCAGUCGACAAGAUUGGCAAUAUCACUGAGGGACAUCAAUGAAGAGCAGGUCAUGGGAGACGUGGGGCCUGCGCCGGGAGACACGGCCGGACUGCUGAGCGCACGUGACAUCCAUCACUCGCUGGGGGACCAGCCACAGCGGUCACGCGGUGACCUGGAGGCAGUGAGCUCCUGUGCCUGAGGCCACUCGGAGCAUCAAGUCUCAAGGACCAAGAGAGCAUGGGGAGGAUCCAGGAAAUCAUUGAAGAAAUGGCACAUGAAGGCACCAUCAAACAGCAUUGAAAAAAUAAAUAAAACUGCGCUGAAUUUUGAUGCAUUCCAGAAUGUUUUGCCAAUGAUCCCCAGUGGAGGAGAAAAAUAAAAAAAAACAUCUAGUUCCCAAAAGUUCCCAAGACAUGAAAAAAUAUCUGCAGCUGGUAAAGACGUAUUUAGCAUUUGCCCACAUACUGGUGGACUUUUUAAACAUUAGAAAUAAAAACAAUACAAGGUCCAUGCUUUUCCCACCAUCCCUUUACAAGUAGUAGGAAUGAAAGUUGUCGCACAUAUUGACUGAUAAGAAUAAGAAAUCUAAAUGGGCUUGGGCUUGGCGCUACGCAGUAACGGACGAUGGCUGGUGACGCAGGCUAACAAUGGAGUGGAUUAUACCCGUGGGCCACGCGCAACCGCAGAGAUGGAGCGAUGAAAUCCACCCGUGUGUGGCCACUCGGUGGAUUGUUGCAUCGCAAGAUCGUGCGAGAUGAGGAAGUCUUCGUCCAGCCGUGGAUAGAUCACGGCGGAUGGCGACUAUGCUUUGUUUAACGGUAUAUUGUUUAAUCUGUGGAAUGUUAUAAUAUAAUUAAAGUGUCCCCAUCACUGCGUAUAGAUAGCUGUAUCACAACUCUGAUCAUGUGAUAUUAGGACAUCAAAUACUAUAUGUAUGUUAAAGUUGUUACAUAUUAUUCAUAAAGACAUACAAUUUGUAUAAAUACCAUUGCCAAAAUGUAACAUUAGUUUAUCGAAAUCUACAGUAUUUUGCCGAAUUUCCAGGAUCUCUGUGAGCUGGGGGACUACUCCGUCUCUGUGAUCCGUGGGUUGUGCCUCGUGGUGUUCAGCAUGAUGCCUUCAUCAGCAACUGGAUUCCUAGCACGUGAAGCAAAAUGUCAGACAUAUAGCGCAAUCACAAAGACUCACCCGGUAGUAAAUCAUUCGCUAGGUUAAGACUUGGAUUCAGAACAUUGCAGACUGGGUGGACUUGAUCCACAACUACCAGCUGAUCUGUGAUGUUGGGACCAGGCACGAUGGAGGGAUAUCAUUGGGACAGCCUGCCACCAUAUUGCCCCUGCGACUUCACCGUCAAACCAGUUAUGGCAGAUACAGAGCUUUAUAAACUUGAGCAUUGACAACAUUAGCAUAAUGCGCAUUUCCGGUAUUCAAUUCAUAGUUGAUUUUGUCCUGUACUGCUGAAUGAAGGCCUUCCCACGCCGUGUCAGUGAUAGGGGUUGUUUCCCCAUACUUCACCACAAUGUUCAGUUCAGGUAGCGAAGGAGGAGCCCAGGACUGGUUCAGGUAACACUCCUCACUGAUGUUAGCCUAUAUAGCAGCUCAGUGAGCCUUACCUGGUAAAUAAAAUAAGAAGUGGGAUCCUAUUGCCGUGCAAGCAUCUGCCCUUUUCGUAAGUCAGUAUCCACACACUCCUCACUGUACCCUUUUUAAUCUCGUCAAUCUCGAGUUGUGCGCGGGAGGCAUCCAAACACUUUUCACUUCCUCCUCUCCGUCCCCCCCUGCCUUUGGCAUCUCCAUCUCUGUGUUGGGUCUCUCCUCAUUAUUACCUCCCCCAUGGUUUUAAAAGUAAACUAAACUAUUUUAAUUUUACCAGGUAAAGCCCACUGAACUGUAUAGCUAUUUUUCAGAAGCGACCUGGCCACAAAUGAUAGCUCAACGAAGUGGCUUAUCGUGUGGACAUUUAUAGUAGCCAACUACUCUUAAACAAACGCUCCUAAAUGUGGUGGGGAAAACCGAAGGACCAGGAGAAAAAUCCAUGCGACCAUGGGGAGACACGCAAACUCAAAAUAUACAGCAGCAGGCGUCGGGGUCACCAUCGAACGCACGACCUCCUGUACACCUGGCUAGGGAGUUCACAUCGCGGGACCCCCAUGAGUAUCUCUCUGAGGCAUGGGCGUGCUCCUUGUAGUCACGUUUCUUCACCAGUUUGCGUUUCCUUAUCGUUUCAUAGACAAAACGUCACACAGAGAGCUGCAUUGUGUCUGUGUGUUACAGCUGCAUUGUGUCUGUGUGUUACAGCUGCAUCGUGUCUUGUGGUACAGUC